AACAAAAUGGCUGACAUGGAGCAACGCAGUAAAGAAAGUUCAGUUGUGAGUCAAAAAGAAACAAUGGUUAAACAGGAAAAAAGAGAUAAUGUAUUUACGAAUGGAGGUAAAGGCUCUGGGGAUGAUGCGGACAGUGUUGAGGAAAUGCCACUGGACAUUGGAGAACAUUAUUUGGUCCGAAGAUCUGACGACUCCUGGCAUCCAGCUGAGAUUAUUCAGACACGAUUUAAUGAUGGAGAAGGACAUUACGAGUAUUAUGUUCACUAUGAGGGGUACAACAGGAGACUAGACGAGUGGGUACCGAGGGAUAGAAUUAUGUCCAGCAGAUUUGACAUGUCUGACACGAGCUGGAAGACAAGUGAAAAUGCUCCAGCUGGUGAUCUCCUGGCUGAUUCCUCAGACAGAAAAAUCACAAGGAAUCAAAAAAGAAGGCACGAUGAAAUCAAUCACAUUCAGAAGACUUAUGCAGAAAUGGAUCCAACAACAGCUGCUCUGGAGAAGGAACACGAAGCAAUAACUAAAGUAAAAUACAUCGAUAAAAUUCAAAUUGGACGAUACGAAAUCGACACGUGGUACUUCAGUCCUUACCCCGAGGAAUAUGGAAAACAGCCGAAACUGUGGAUCUGUGAAUAUUGCCUGAAGUACAUGAGAUUGGAGAAAACUUAUCGAUAUCACAUGAGUGAAUGCACUCACAGACAACCGGUAGGAAAAGAAAUAUAUAGGAAGGGUACAUUGAGUAUUUGGGAAGUGGAUGGAAGAGAGCACAAGAUAUACUGUCAAAAUUUGUGCCUCCUUGCCAAGCUAUUUCUAGACCACAAAACUCUGUACUUCGAUGUGGAGCCAUUUUUAUUUUACAUUCUCUGUGAAGUUGACAAACAUGGAGCACAUCUCGUUGGAUAUUUUUCCAAGGAAAAAGAAUCCCCAGAUGGCAAUAAUGUUGCCUGCAUCCUCACGUUGCCACCGUUUCAACGACAGGGGUACGGAAAAUUACUCAUUGCUUUCAGUUAUGAAUUGAGUAGGAUUGAACAGGCUGUGGGAAGCCCGGAAAAACCACUCAGCGAUCUGGGGAAACUCUCGUACAGGAGUUACUGGAGCUGGAUUCUUCUGGAGAUUCUCAGGGAUUUCAGGGGAACACUCAGCAUCAAAGAUUUAAGCCAAAUGACUUCCAUCUCCCAGACCGAUAUAAUAUCGACUCUACAGAGUAUGAACAUGGUGAAAUACUGGAAGGGACAGCACGUUAUAUGUGUGACUCCAAAAUUGGUGGAGGAGCACAUAAAAAGUAGUCAAUACAAGAGACCACGUCUUGCAGUGGACAGUGCAGCUCUCCGAUGGGGUGCACCACCUCGUAAAAAUGUGAAACCGGGAAAAAAAUGAUAAAUCCUGUUAAAGCCAGAGGUGCAUAACAAAUUCACAAAAUCAAGUCAGACUAAUUACGAUUGUUUCGCUUAAUGUAAUCGUGCUAGUUCUCCCUUGCGUCGAUGAAGGCUAAACUCCAGAUAUUCGUGGCUUCUGACAAAUCACCAGUGUGAAGAUAAAAUCAAUUAUCCUACAUUGAUCAGAUUUACAUUAUCCAAUUAAUAAAUCAUGAUCAUUGCCAACAAUGUCGUAAAACACAAGUGAAGAAUAAAAACGAAAUAAACCUCAUAGGGAUGAAAUAAACUAAGUAAUUCCAGUGUUGAGAUAAGGAAUGAAUAAAAAUGAUUCUUCUCGUUGAAUAAAAGUAUUUCAUCCACAGAAAA